CCCUAUUACUGCAUAAUUACCCAAAAAAUUCUCCCCAAAAAACAGCCUCUUGACCAAACGACCCCCUUAAAUUGUUACUGUAAUCGCUAGGGUUUUAGUAAAAUAUCGCGAUAGACAUGCACGAAAACAUCGCAUAUAUAUGUACAAAUAUGUUGUGGAUAGGUUGGUUAUUGACUAAUUACAGCAUAACUACAUUUUAAAAAUAUAGCCUAAGAAAAUCAAUUUUUGUUGUAUUAAUAGUUUAUGUAGUUACCUCGCAGUAAUGUCUAAACAAUUUUAUUUUAUUUCAUAAUUUUUUCGCACUUAUUAUAAGACAAUUUCAGUUCUUAGUUAUUACAGUUACCUAUAUAUAUUAUAAUCUAUUUAUAAUAAAAAAGUAGUUUUUAUUACAACAAGUGAACAAGAACAACUCGCUUUUUGUUUAAAAAUGAUAUACAAGCAACACAAUUGUUGGUAUAAGAGUUCAUCACAUUAGUUUAAUUGGGACAUAUACAGCUAAUAAAUUGUUUGUAUCAAUGUGAGAUUUCCAUAGUUGAGAGUUAAUAUUUAUUAUAAAUAUACCUUUAUGUCUAUAGCUCACAAAAAUGUAAGAGUAGUCUGGACACAUGGCCUUUUGAGUGCGCAGGAAGCUAUUUGGAAAGGCAUACCAAUGAUCGUAAUGCCUUUCUUUGGAGAUCAAAAAUUCAACACAAGAAUAUUAGUAGCUAAAGGUGUUGGCAUAUACUUGGACAUUAAAACUUUGUCCACGCAAUCCAUAUUACACGCAGUUAAAGAAGUACUUUACAAUGAAAGUUAUAUGAGAAAUAUGAAACAAUUAUCCAGCGAAUUCCGGGGUCGGCCAAUAUCACCAUUAGAUUUAGCUGUUUGGAGCAUUGAAUACACCGUCCGCCAUCCAAAUGGAACUUUAGUAAUGCCGCUGAAAUCUUAGAGCUGGGUGGAACAAAAUCUAAUUGAUGUCUACGCAUUUUUGUUCCUUAAUUUCUUCAUAAUUAGAUUAGAUAUACUUUAUUGUUCCCCUAUGGGGUUACAAUAGACUUCCGUUACAUGACUCUUUAGCUCGUACUUAUUUCUAUCUUAUUCUAUCUUAUUCUACUUAUCGCUGUAUCCGCACGCACGCACGCACGCACGCACGCACGCACGCACGCACACACACACACACACACACACACACACACACACACACAUCGCUCACAUUUUCUUAAACUUUAUCUCUAACUUACUUUCUAUCUUACAAUCCCUUAUAUCUAUCUUAUUGUCUAACGCCCUCUCCCCCCAAGGACUUCCGCUUUCUUUCUUUCUCAUUUUUUCUUCCUUACUUCUCUCUUUCUGCUCUAAUUCAUUUAUCUUCAUUUACUUUUUCUCUCCCUACCUCUCUCUCCUCUUUCCCUCUUUGUCUUCUUCUUGCUUUCAUCUCUCCCACCACGUUCCCUCACUUUUUUCCCAUCUCAUACAUCUUUCCCAUACGUGUUCCCAGGUCCCCUUUUUCUGAGAUAUCCUACAAAUUUCUUCAUAAUAUUCUGAAUUACGCAAGAUAUAAACAAGCGUAAGUCGUAGAAACAUUAACAGGCUUUGCGUGCAGUUGCUGCAUAAUGUUAAUGUAAAGAAUAAGUAAAUAUAACGUAAAUAUAGAAAAUUUUGUAUUAAUUGCAUUGAUAUUGUAAUUAAUAAUAAAUUAUG